CAGGAGAGAGUAUACAAUUGAUUGCGAUCGCAGUCUUCUGUACACGCUUGUAGAUGCGCUGGUGUGAUUCGAACGUCUCGGGAAGCUUACGUCAUGUCGUCGGAAGUGUCCGCAUAGUAUCACAUAAACAGAGCAGGGCGCGAAGUUGCUAGCCAGGUAAGAGCCAAGACGACCCAACGCUGUACUUUGCGAUACUUUGGUUUACUGCUAACUGCAGUUUCCCGCACGCUUUCUUUUUUGAGUAUUUACCUGGCGGAUUUAAGUAAAUUAAGUAGCUAGCUUAUUUUAAAGGUUUAGGUUUAGGUUUAUCAAGUGUGUGCAGUUAGCCUCUACAAUGACAAGUGCAAGCACCAGUAGAAUUUAUGAGACGCGGCGACGUUCAAAAAAUCAAACAUCUCAAGGUUCCCGUGUCGACUGGAGGAGGACCCGAGCUAAGUCUCUUAACUAUCUGGACGACAGUGAGGAGACGGACGCGAGCACCCCAAGCACAAGCUCCGAGAGUGAUACGGGGGAUGAGGCAGGGGAGGAAGCCACUCUCAACGAUGCACAUGAGCACACACCCACCAGAGAAGGCAGUGACGCCGAGGAGGCCUGUGCAGUGUCACGGACCAGGCGAAAGAGAAGUUCCACGACCAUUCUCACUGAAAGCUCCAGCGACUCUGACAGCGACGUGGGGGGCCGACCAGCGAGGAAACUGUUGCCCAAAAAACGCCAAAACGUCCAACGCACAUUGACCGACUCAGAGACAGAGGCCGCGGCAGAAAAGGUCGAGGAAGAUGAAGCUGCUAAAGCGAAAGAAACUGCUGCGAAGAGGAGAGAGCGACGGAACAAGCUGUUAGAACUCUCAAAGAGGAGGCGAUCCCGGACUUCCACCUCCAGACGCAGAACAUUAGAGGUUUCAGGCCAGGGGGAGAAUAGCUGCGAUGAUGAUGGCGGUGGUGAUGAUGAUGACGAUGAUAGUGAUUCUCCAGAUCAGUUGGCACAGCACAGCAGUGAGGAGGAAGAGGAAGACAAAGACAGCCUCAAAGAUUUUAUUGUGGAGAGCGAUGAGAAUGAAGAAGAGGGUGACUCCUUGGACCAGAGCAAGAAGGGGUUGUUCCUCUCUCAUCAUCUUCCACAGUUUGUCACAGGGUCCCAGCUCCAACACUUCCAGGUGGUGGUAAAGGCCCUACUGAUAAAUACUCUGGAUGAGAACUUUCUCAAGUCUUUGUAUGAUGGCAGUCGGACAAAGAAGUAUGCCCUGGAGAUGAAGUCAUCCCUGUACUACCUAGACCAGCGGUACAUUCUUCCACGGUUGGAGAACCUGAAACAGAGGAGCCGCUGGAGUGACCGCUACAAGGAGCGUGUAGAGUGUUACCCUAAAGUGCGGAUUGUGGCAACGGGGAUUCGGGGACAAUGCUGUCAGGCCUGCCAGCUUCAGAGACACAGUCGCUUCACCGUGCGUCUCUCUGGGCAGCUCUACGAUGAAAAGACCCUGCAACAGGAUGAGUUCAUGCCUGACGACACACAGGCCUUUCUAGUUGGAACAGUCUGUGCCAAUCGCACCGAGGUGUACCACCAGUUGAAGCACUUCAAGUACCACCUGCUCUGCCGCUGCAGGGCAGUAGUAAAGGAGGAAGAGGAGGGGCAAGAUGAGAAAGGGGAGGAGCCAGUGAAGGACACCGUCAGUAGGGUGUUUACCAAACUGCAGGAGCGAGGCUGGAUCACAAAGGAAUAUGAAGCAUUUCAGGACUAUCUGAACGAUGCAGAUUAUUUCCAGGAAGAAAAGCUGGACUGAAUAGCACAUCCCCUUACCUGUCAGAAGUAGGGGAUACUGUUGGGUUCAUUUUCAUACCUUAUGUUUCUGUUUUAUGCAAGUUAGAAAGGA